UCAUCUUGCUCCACAUCUGGUUAGGGGAGAGAGGAAGGCACGGCCAAGAGAGGAGAUCCAACUGAUAAGAAGCAAGCUGGGAGAAGUAGGGAUUGUCAUUCAAGUUUGGCAGAGGAGGAAACUGAAGUGGUUCAGAUUCAGGAAGUCAUCGGACCUAGGUCACACAGCAAGCCCCGACCUGCCUCCCCCACCCUCCUGUCCUGCCCCUUCGCCUGGCAGCAGCCCCACCUCUGUGAGGCCCCAGUUUCCCCCAUCCUUGGAAUGAAGGGAAGGGCCUGGGGCGGUGCGGGGGCGGGGGGGGACCCUGAGCUAGGGCUGUGUGGAGGGAGCGCCAGGGACAGGAAGAGGGGCAGAGAGACUGGGAGAUUAGGUGGAAGGAGAGGGAUUUAGAGAAAGAGAUAGAAGGAGGCAGAGACGAGCAGAAAGACGUAAAGAAUUAAAGACCACGUGCAGAGAAAGGAGGGAGUGAGACAAAGACAGAAGGGCACAGAGACACAGAAAGAAAAAGGCGACACACAGAAUUACAGAACGGCAGCAAAUGACUGAGAUAGAGAGACAGUUGGAGUUGCUGGGAAGGACGCAGACAGACAGACUGAUGGAUGGACACAGAAGAGUGGACAAACAUAAAGGCAAAGAGGCUUGGACAGGUGACAGGCAGGUGGGUGGGCAGCACCUCGGAGCUGGUGCCUGGGGAGGGCCCGCACACACUCCGCCCCCAGGGCGAUAAGGCAGGGCCAGGAGGCUCAGUCAUCUUGGGCCCGCCCGGGGCCACCCCCCUGCCGCCUGCCUGGUGCCGUGUUCAACCCAGCCUGCCGCAGCUGCCCGCACCGCUGGGCCCCCAGAGCCUCAGCCCCCAGAGCCUAAGAACCUGGGGCCUGCCCUUCCCCACUCCAGGCCAUGAUGAUUCUGCCAUUAAUCAUGCUUGCUCUGAUGACAGCCGAUACAUAGUUCAUCUAGGCGAGCACAACCUCCAGAGGCCAGAUGGCUGCGAGCAGACCCGGGUGGCUACUGAGUCCUUCCCCCACCCAGGCUUCAACAACAGCCUCCCCAACAAAGACCACCGCAACGACAUCAUGCUGGUGAAGAUGUCGGUGUCAGCUGUCGUCACCCGGGCUGUGCGACCCCUCGCCCUGUCAUCACGCUGCGUCACUCCUGGCACCCGCUGCCUCAUUUCCGGCUGGGGCACCACAUCCAGCCCCCAGUUGAACCUGCCCCAUACUUUGCGAUGCGCCAACAUAUCCAUCAUUGGUCAAAAAGAAUGUGAAAAUGCCUACCCCGGCAACAUCACAGACACCAUGGUGUGUGCCAGUGUUAAGGAAGAGGGCAAGGACUCCUGCCAGGGCGACUCUGGGGGCCCUCUGGUCUGUAAUGGGUCUCUUCAAGGCAUUAUCUCCUGGGGCCAGGAUCCAUGUGCUGUCACCAAAAAGCCUGGUGUCUACACAAAGGUCUGCAAAUACGUGGGCUGGAUCCGGAAGACCAUGGAGAACAAUUAGCCAGGACCAGCUCCCCACUGCCCGACACCCCUGAUCCCUACUUGGUGAUGUGGGUCCUGUUCAUUCCGUUAAUAAUCAAGCCUGAGCCAGGACCCCUUUAUGUACUCUUUCUUUGUACCUCCUUGACUAGGAGAGAGGCUGUAGCUUAGUAAUCAACUUGGGGUUUGGAAUUCCUGCCACCUGGAUUCACAUAUGGCCUCAUACUAACUUGUGACUCUGGGAAUGACGAUAGCUAUUCGAUUCGCUGCUGCAACCCCAGCCCCCUAUCGUUCCGAGGACUCACCACGGCUUUAAUAAAUAAUGAAUGAAUGAA